AUGAAAGAAUUAGAAUCAUCCUACUUCCAGGCCAACCUAAACCACGAUACAUGGCCUUGGAAGUGUUUGUGUUGUCUGAAAUUCUGCGACACGGAUGAAGCUGGCGAUACCGCAAUGGAUCCUGUAGAGGAUCCUGUAGAGGAACCUGACGAAGACGACAGCGUAGACAUGGGUCAAUUUGACCCAACCGAACCUAUGCCAGAUGUCCCCGAUGAAGAAGAUGCCUUCGAACCCACGGAUCAACCACCCACUAAUGGCGAUGGAGAUACAGGAAUGCCUGACUCAGGCGACCCUGGUCCAACAGACGAUCCAGUACCAGUCACGUUUCCGCCUGUACCUCCAGUGAAGUUUCCUGCAAGACCUCAAAAUCAAGUCUACACAGGCGGGAAACCACCAAAAAAGAAGAAACCAUCAGAUGCCGGUACAGACGAACCAACAGAGUCGACAUUGGCAGAAGACCCGGAUUCUCUAUGGAACACGUUGGAGGAUAUUGAUAUCGAAGUCACUGACUUCCCAAGUCCCGUAUUAAUAGACGAAACACCAGAUCCUUUGGUAUUUGAAAGUCCAACUACUAACCCAAAUAAUAUUCCUCUUGACGACAAUGGCAACGAAGAUUAUAGUAACUGUACCACACAGUACAACGAUUUACCAAUUGAACGUCCCGAGAUUAAAACAAACAAUGACGCUUUAGGUAACCACUUAGACGAAAUGAACGCGGUUACAAAUAAAAUCAACGCUUACCGCCAAGCCAAUGGCGUGGACCCUCUACAAAUUGAUUGGAGAUACGUGCAACAGGCUCAAGACCAAUGUAAUUGGGUUGCCAACAAUUUACCAAAAAGCGACGAAGUCGUUUCCCACCAAUUGAACGGGUACACCAUAGGUGGCAUAGCAGCGUCCCAUUGGACUGAUAGGGCUCUUUUAAGCCCCCAAUUACCUGAUGACGCCAUCGAACUAGUUGUCUUGAGCAAGUUUUCCGAUGCUGUCGACACCUGGCUUAACAGCCCUUUUGGACAUCCUGAUUGGUUGAAAUCACCACAAUACAAGAAGAUGGGAUUCUCUUGGAAGUCUACCAUAGGCUAUGCAGGAGCAAACGGGGGUGUUGGGUUUUUAUGGAUGUCGAAAGAUUCUACACCAACACCAGAAAGGGAACAACCAGACAUGGGUGAUCCCGAAGAUUUUAGCGCUCGCGAAACAGCACACGAGAUAGUGUCACAUAAACACGUUUCUCCAUUUAAAUGCGCUGACAAUCCUGAUGGCCCAGAUGAAUUAGUGUACGAUUCAAACGCCAAAUUACCAGAAGCAUGGUACGAAAACUUGAGCAUCGAUGACAUGGCUUCUAUUGACGAGGUUCUCCGUGACUCGUAUGAUCCCGUACAGUAUUAUGAGAGUCCCGCUGGACCUGGAACUGUCUUCGAACCAGACAGUCAACCGCAUUUGUCAAAAAAUUCGUCUGUUUGGCCUAACCCUAGAGAGAUGCCAAUUCCUAGUAUCUCAACAGUAUACAAGUACGACAACACUACUUGCGGCAAAUAUAUAGAUAUGUACGGUGGUACUGCACCAACUACAUCCUCCAGUUGGAUUUACAAAGACAGCAACCCUACACCUUACGAAGAUGUGAGAAUCGGUGAAACCACAACGGAACGAAGACACCGUUUAGCAAAAGAACAACAAUUUCUAGCCUUGUUGGAUAACAAAUACGGAAAUCUGAAGACCCCCCCAACUUUACCUGUAUGGGUGAAUAUUGACAAAUGGAACGACGCACGUGUUGCGCAAGAUAGAGUGGAGACCGAAGAAGAGGUUCUUUAUGCCGACUUUGGCAAGUUAAUCUACGAACUUGCCUAUACUCUUGACAUGUCCGAAGUAAAAGACCCAUACGGCGUUCCGUUUGACCGACCGCAAGAUUUCAUUGUAUUCAAUUAUUGGUUGUACCAUCGUCAACAAUUUGGAGUCGAGAGCAUCCCUGUCGUGAAUGGCGAGAUUGAUUUUGGUGCUAUCCCUGGGGAACGCAUGAACUUCCAACCUAAUACAGGUGAACAUUGGGAUUAUGUCGACGAUUUUGCUUUGACGAACGCCGACUUCCCCUUUCCACCUGGUAUAUUGGAUGACGACUCCCCACGAAGAGUCCUUGAGCAAAUGUGGCUUAUUGAUAGCGAGCUUAUCGACGAACGUCAGGGGAACACACAAGAAACUGUCUACUUCAAAGGUUCCGAUUUCGCGUCAUACUCGUUUAACAACGACUUCCCUUACAACGGCAGUUUAGAAAGAAUACCAACGGAAGAGUUCUUUACUUUCUAUGCUUACCACCCGUACGAAUAUUUGUAUGAAUUCGCAAAGGCUUAUGCCGCAAGAUGGGGUGCAUCGGUACUUGCCUAUACAUUGGAACUUUUCAACGUUUACCACGAGUUAAGUGGGCGUUCUUUCGAAUUUCCGGUUGACUUUCCGGCAUUGAAUUUGAAAAACAGGCUACCCAUUCAAAUCGAUGAUGUCAUCGCAGAAUACAUGAAUAGUCACAUUCUAGACCCAAUGUACGAAACAGAGAGAUCUAUGAAGUUGUACCUUGGAAUGGCUUACUACAGCCUCAUGAGUAGACUUCCAUUGAAAGGCACCGACCUCAUCGGCCCUGGUACUUUCCCAAGGCUGAGACUGGUUGCUCCAGAGGCCACCCACGAAGGGACUUAUACGAGGUCCUGUGGAACCGAGUUUUAUACCACGGAUGGCUCUUUUCCGCCUUAUAUCCCAGCUGACAUUGACUUUCAAACCAAUAUGAGAAGUGUUUUGUUCUAUCAAGAGAAGUUGAAUAAUUUGAGUAUUGCGAGAACUCAGUUUGGUGGUAACCAGGACACUGGCACAAAGUUCCUAUUUCUAACUUGGAUGUUCCGCAACAGACCAGCUGAUCGUAGUAUGCAUGAUCAUCUCAUUGGUGACGUUACGUCAUACAGCGAAGCUUUUUCCGCUGUAAUGCCUUUGACAUAUUCAAGACCUAAUGCGUUUACUGGAGCUACGCCGUUUAUAUGGGACGAUCGCCGACCUUUUUUUGAGUGGCGUGUUAGGGUAAAAAGAGGAGUUGAAGGAUUCGACACCCUUCUACCCGAUGAUUUAUUUGAUACGUGGACACCUGGCACUCCUAUAGUGAUGGCGGAUUAUCCAAACCCAGUGGGACAUGUCGAGACCAUGUCAACACAUAUCACAGGUCCUGUUUCUGCGUCAUAUUACACAAAGUUUCCCGUUCCCGGAGACUUGGACGAUACAAAUUUGAUCCCAGGGGAACCAAUCACGAUGAUGGACUAUGUCUAUAACUGGAUGUACAAAGAUUUCGACAUUGACCUUCAAAAUGCUUCCACACCAGAAGAAGCUGCCUCGCUUUUGACAGUCUCAGAUCUACAUUCAGAACCUUUUCAUAGUGUGUGGGAUGCUUCCGAUACAUUGAAGCUCCUUACAUGGUACAUGACCAAACGUAAACAUCCAGACAUGUAUCGAAUGUGCCCUGGGGAAGUGAACCUGACUCUACCAGACACAAAAACAACCGUUGACGAUUAUAUGAAAACCCUGCGACGCUUGAACAACGCGGAAUGGGACUAUUUCUUUGGUGCAGCUGACCCUGAAGUAUCAAAUGAAAUGGUAUAUUUCAGUCAUGCCUACAGCAAACUCCCCCUCGAGUUUCCAGACUUAACUGCGAUUGACGAGACGGAUUUAACCGACAGCAAAUUCGACUCCCAUGUUAAUCACACAUCAAAACUUUCUAAGUACUUCCACCAGCGAAGUUUGCUGGUGGCCGAAGCAAAGAAACUUUCCGAAGAACCCCAGACCUCUGCGGGUGUAAUAAACGACAACGCAGAUCCUACCUUCAUGGUUGAACUUCAGAAUGCAAAGCAUUGGGUAUGCAACGACCCCAAUAUGGGAGAAUUCAUCCUUUGGUUAAACGGGGAACGAUUGAAAUUAUCAAGGGAACCGCUGAUAUAUCAUGCACAUUUGACAGCAUGCGCUCAACGACACGCCGAGGACAUGCUCUAUCGUGAUUAUUUAAGUGUCGAAGCCAUAGAACCAUCGCCUCAUGGUGUCACAACGCAACAACGUAAAGUUGCUAGUUACUGGAUGAAUACGGCUGUUUCGAAUGCAGCAGUAGCAAAAGGCUGGACGCUACAAGAAUGUAUCGAUUUUCUGAUUGCUGACGUGGCACAAUUCGAAAUCUUGAUGAGUCCUGAGUUUAAGUAUGCAGGACUGGGUUAUCAAUAUACACCACCUUAUUCGGAAUCUAAAUUCUGUGUGAGUCUGGCUGGACCCGUUGUCAACAUCGCAAUCGAAGGACGAAAAUACCUCGAUGUACCGGAAAUGCCACCAUAUUGCUCAACAGAAACGGACGAGUUUCUAAGAACCUUAUAUCCUGAACCUCCAUAUUUAAAGCCAAAGUCGAGCAAGGCUGGCGAAGGCGAUGUAGCUCCGUACUUUUACGGUGGUGAUCAAACAAUAAACGGGAUCAUACGAGUAACUUCGAAAAGAGAUUGCAACAAAUGCUUACACGAUUCGUUACUCUAUCCAUACAAGGAUACAAUUCUUAUUCGCUUCAAAGCGUACGAAAAGGUCACUAUGUCGGCAACUUGUCACACCAACAGAGAGUACCAAAUGGAGGAAGGGUCAGACUUUGGGAAAUUCCAAACGUACAACAAAGGCCCCAAUGCCACUAAAAUUGCUUCCGCAAGAAUUGCUGUCCGGGGCAACCCUGGAUUGGCAUCGGCCACAAAAAUUCGUACUCCAACAACAAAGACACCUGGACACUAA